GCGCCGCAGCAGCCAGUCAGUAUAAUCGCGAAUCUUCAGCCGGUCUGAAAGAGUUCGUUAAUUGGAUCGAAAUUCGUGCCUCGCUAAAAGUUAAUAAUUUCGGGGGCAAAAAAAAUCUAAACAUCUGAUCAGCGCGUGUCAUGUUAUCCCGGGCUCUGGAUUAGUCAGUAGGUGUUAAUACAUUUGUUCGUGGUGAAGAAUUUAAGGGCAAACCAAAUUUUGUUAUUCUUUUAAAAUGAACCGUAAAAUUGUUCUUGCUGGUGUUGGUCUUGUUAACUUGUUAGUCGCAUGCGGAGGAGUGAAUUACAACUGCACGUUAAAUCCGGAGGGAUUCUGUGUUUUCCAAGGAAUUCGAAUUGGCAGUGCCGAUGAAGCAAAUGCAGUGGAUUUCUCGGCUCCGGGCUAUGAUAUGAAAAAGAUUAAAUUCAGAGAAUCUACCGUGAUAGUACUACCGGACAAAUUCUAUUCAACGUUCCCGCAGAUGCAGGAGCUACGCGUCUGGUGGCAGGGUCUUCACAGUAUUUACAUUCCAUCGAAUCUACUUCAUUUGGACGCCGAAAAAAACCGCAUCAACACAAUCAGCUUCAAUAUGAGCGCGGUUCCGUUGCUCAAAAAACUCGAGCUGGGUCACAAUAGGCUGAAAACUAUCGAGAAUAUUUCGCACUUUGAAAAUCUAGAAAUUCUGGACCUGUCCCACAACGAUCUGCGAUCGAUUGAUCUGUGUCUUUUUCAACGAAUGAGAAAACUUCGCACUUUAGACCUGUCUGUGAAUAACAUGGCGAUCCUGAAAAAUUCUAUGGAGGAAAAAUUGGAAUCUUUAACAGUAUUAUAUUUGAACGACAAUCGCCUUUCGUAUCUGGAUAUCAACGUGUUGAAGCUUUUCCCAAACCUGGAGACACUGCAUCUUUUCAACAAUGGACUUAUGUAUAUGGAAUUUGAAAACAUGCGUUCGAUGUUCCAUAAGAUCAAUAUCGUACAUAUCUACGGGAAUGAUUGGAACUGUGAGAACCUUGCCGAGAUGAUACUUUACUUCAACAAAACCAACAUCAAGGACUACAAACUGUACAAUGCACUGAAGUGCAAAGAGCGCGUGAUAAACGGAAUCUGUUGCUCCGAGGGGAAGGCCCUCACCAUUCUCAAGAAAUCCAACCUCUACUUCUCCAGUUACGUUAACGAGCUGAACCUUCACUCGCAGCACAUUAUGCAGGAGAUGAAGCAGUCCAAGCGGGAAAUCCAGAAAUUAAUCGAACACGAAAACAUGACGCAAGCUUCGCUGCGUGCAUUCAGCGAUGAUAUGAGUGCCAUCCGAAGUCGGAUCGAGAACAUCACCCUACAAGGGAUGGACAACCCGACGCCGACGUCUCGACAGAGGAAACAUGAGAAGGUGGACAAACUGGUGCAGGAGAUCUACAAGAUAAAACAGGAUUAUCAGAGCCUCACCCGUGAGAACCAGAUCUUCAAACAGCAGAUUGAAGGCUACGAGAAGAUGAAAUCCGAAAUGGAUUCUAUACGGGCGUAUUCGGAGGAAAUGAAGAUUUUCAUAAAGCAGCUCAAAGAAGAAAAUUCUCUGCUCAAGGGUGAACUGUAUCAACUGCAUCAUGACUUCAACGAGCUCAAAAUUAGUAAAAGCGAAAAAGAAGUGUGACCAUAGGGUUCAGGUCUCCAAACUAGUUGGAGGUUUUGGACUUUCCUUUGAACUGAUUUCAACGUUUCAGUAACCGUGUUGAGAACUGCACGUUACAAAACGAAUCGGUUCGUGUGUUUAUUUCUUGGGUUAGAUUUCAGUUAGAUUGCUUUAUUAGAAAGACAAUUUCUGUCGGGCCCAUAGAUUGGGCAGAAUUGUUUUAGUGUAUCAUUAUUUGCUGGACAAAAUAUGGUUUAUAUCUGUUGAAUUUUAGAUAGUGACAAAGUCGACCUUCGUCACUGUAAGGGCGUUAUACUGUAGCUCUAGUAAACAUCGUCUGGGACGAUAGGUUUUUUUGGUUCGGACUAAAGUGUUGAAUACAGCUGAAAGCUGCUCUCCCAAGGGAACAAAAUUUAUCUCAAGAGAAAACAAUGUCAGGAAGAUUGAUGCGACAAGAUAUGGCGGAUGCCGCGUCCGGUUAGGUAGGCAAAUGCACAUUGCCAGGCAUGUCAAAGACAUAGACGAAAGAUGAAAAGAAAACUGUAGAACAGCAGCUAGAUGGCAGUCCAAAGAGUUUAAUUGUAGCACCCAGUGUUCGAUUUAUUUGUAACUGGAAGUAUACUUUACGUCAUUGACGAAACGGGA